ACUGCGGAGACAGUACAGGAGAUGACCAGAGACUGCAGACAGUGCAGGGGAUGACCAGAGACUGCAGACACAGUACAGAUGACCAGAGACUGCGGACACAGUACAGGAGAUGACCAGAGACUGCGGACACAGUACAGGAGAUGACCAGAGACUGCGGGCAUAGUACAGGGGAUGACCAGAGACUGCGGGCAUAGUACAGGAGAUGACCAGAGACUGCGGACACAGUACAGGAGAACACCAGAGACUGCGGGCAUAGUACAGGGGAUGACCAGAGACUGCGGGCAUAGUACAGGGGAUGACCAGAGACUGCGGACAACAGUACAGGAGAUGAACAGAGACUGCGGACAGUACAGGGGAUGACCAGAGACUGCAGACAGUACAGGAGAUGACCAGAG